AUGAAACACUAUGUAUCGAAAGCUGCCAUGCGCUCUAGGGAAAUUUCACAAACGCUGAUCAAGAACCUAGAAGCUUACCACACGCUUCACUCUCUCCUCGGGAAUCAUGGCUCAUGUGACGAGGGUGGUGGCAAGAAAGCUGGCACGUAUCCCUCAGCCAUUAAUUUAGCCUCUCGAGAUGGUUCGAUAGUAAAAUUUCAAGUGAACUCUUCACAUGUGCUGAACCCUAUGUGGAAGAGCAUCGACAACACCCUCAACGCUGCCGCAUCAUUUGCCAUUCGACAUAGCUUUGAAAGCCACUUUGCUACUACUAUGGCUUCCAUCGGAGAGCGAUCGUCCUCGAUCAAUCCUUUCACGGUCUCCGCAGAUCAGUACUCACAGGUUGACAGCAACGCGCACCCACUUUCCCAUCUCAUUGGACCCUCUCUAGUUGAUGCUGGGGAUUUACCCGACUAUGCUUCCUCUCCUUUUCUCGCGAAGGCUAGCAUUGAGAGCCCAGAUGCGUUGGCUGAAGAGAUUUUUAUCAGUGCAUGGACACGGGACCAUCAGGACGCGACUCCAGCGCAGAUUCAGCAGAGACUUUCGGAGUGGCGAAAGGAUCAGAUGGGUCGCAUGCGCCUUCUAUUGCGUCAGGAAGUCUGUAAGCUUCAUCAAGAACUAGAAGAGCAGCGCGAGAUGGCGGGCACAUCCGGCGACGAAAUACGCCUGUCCAUGCCCCUUGACCUUGAUGGCACUCUAGGGAAAGCAGCCGUCGAGGUGCGUGAUGCGGAGAAAGCCGAGGCCCAUCGGCAGCGGUCCAUGUGGAAGCGUUUCAUUGAAGACGAUCCGGUGUCAUCGAAGACGAAACUGCUUCCUAUGAUGGAGGUUGGUUCAUCGGAACUUGGAGCGUCGUCAUUGAGCAUUGUGAAAGAUUACGCUGCCGAUCGUUCGGUUACAGAUUGGUUAAGAGGUCGAGGUUGGAUUCAUCGAACCCAUCUCCACGAGGCCGCCGCGUUGCUUAUUCAGUGUGUCUUCCGGGGCUACUCUGCGAGAAGAAAGGCCCAACGUCUGCGUGUAGCACGUUUUCUGGCAUUCAAGAAGACCUUGAAAACAGAGGAAGAGACAAAAAGACAGUGGGAGGUAUCUCUGAAGAUUUUUGAACAGGGGUCAAGUCAAGUUCAGUCCACCCGCAGACUUAAUGCACUCCUAUUUUUUGAGAAUAAGAUGAGUGCCAUCAUCAGCAUGCGUCGUACCCGGAACGCAGCACGUGCUGCUUCUGAAGCUGAAGUCGUCAAUUUUGCUGCGACAAGUAUUCAACGUGUUUACCGUGGACACCGUGCGAGGCGUCUGGUCUAUGGCAUGCGCCACCCAGAGUGGCUGGCGGAAGUGUUGCUUCGACGUCAAACACAGGCUGCUCUGCGCAUUCAGACCGUUUGGCGUAGCCACCACGUGCGCAGUAUUCUCCGCCGGCGUCACAAAGCAGCGUGGGUAAUUCAGAGAGCCUAUCGCUUUCAUUGUGCACGUGCGUUGCUGACACGCCUUCGCCUGAAGCUAAAACGGAAGUCUGUUGAGGACGUCCGCAUUUUUGCGAUACAAAUUAUCGUGAGAUUCUUGAAGAGAUGCUGCUCUAAAAGGCGCACUCAAAAGUGCCAUUGUGUAAAAGCGGCUGAUGACACCGACCAAGAGAUGGAACAAACUGAGGAGAAAAUGUAA